UGUUUGAUUGUUGCAAAGUAAAGUAGAUGCACGAGGUCGGAUAUAAGUACUUGAUUUAAAAUGUGUUGUUUGAUUUGUUGCGUUUUACUGAUAGUUAUAACUUCGGCAAAAUGUUCAAAUUGCGACAGACUUCAAAACCGGAUGAACAUAUUAGAGCAAAAACUGUUUCACGAUUCGAAAGAAUUUCGGGAGGAUAUAUCUGCACUGAUUUCAAAGGCAAAUCAGUCCCCGUCGGUAUCGGCCGAUCAUGAAGUUGAUCAUGGGGAAAAUAACUGUGAAAUAGACCACAGUAAAACAGUGCCACUGUCACAAGUAUCAAGUAAUAUCAAAGAUGACUAUGUCCGGCAAAGCAUGAAUGUAAUGAAAAAAGCACUUUCAGAAGAAAAGCAGCACACAAGGAAAUUGAUUUCCGAUGUUAAAACUGCAGUAAUGAAGAAUUUAAACAAAAUCGUCCAGCUUUACGAAGAUAUUAAGAAAGAAGUAAACGAUGUGAAGGUAACGCAGUCAACAUGUGAUAAUCGUUUCAAUAAGGUUUUAGAUUCACAAAAUCUAAUUCAGGAUGACCUAAGAUCAAUACAUAACACACUUGUUACAGUUACCAAGGAUACUAAAGACAUAUCUAACAAACUAGAAAAACACGCUGACAUACAAGAAGUUGCAUCAAAGACUUUAUGGCAUAUUCAUAAAAAUUCUUUUUACUUAGUAGGAAAAGAAGCUAAAAACUGGCCUGAGGCAGUCGGUGUCUGCAAGACAUUAGGCGCGUAUUUGGCAGAGGUUGAAGACUCUUCUGAAAACGACUUUUUAACUAGCUUGGCAAAAACAACAUAUAAGAAUAGUUCUGGUUACGGAGCUUGGCUCGGUGGAAGUGACUCAAGUAAGGAGGGAAUUUGGAUCUGGGAAAAUAGCAAAACAAACAUUACUUUUGAUAACUGGAAAACAGACGAACCUAAUGGAAACAGGAACGAAAACUGUUUGCAUAUGUACAGACAAGUCAACUGGAAAUGGAAUGAUAUUCGUUGUACAAAAGAAAUGGGAUACAUCUGUGAAAGGAAUUAUUAAUUAAUACUACUAGUAUUGCUAGUAUUCUAGUAUGAAAUGAUAAUAUUUAAUUUCAUUCAAACACGGCAGUAUAGACGUUAUGUCCAUAUAGAUGCCAGGGAAGAGUACUAUCUUAUCUUAUCUAUAUAACAGAUCAGUGUUUUAAACUAUUCCGGUGGGCAUGAAACAUAUUUUAACAUACCACCGUUGACGCCACUUCGAAUUGUUGUUAUUAGAAGCGAUACAUGCACCAAGAAAUUGCGCUUUUUAUUUCAAUUUCCUUUGUAAAUAAAAUACAUUUAUGAAUUAGAAAAAAACUAUAGCAGAUAUAUAUUUUAUAUGAUCAAACACUCCAAUUCAGUUAUACGCUACGUAUCUGAUAAUGCCCUGGAACUAUGCCCCGUGAAAUUAUUACACAGGCGUAUAUCCUUUUUGUUGUGUUUUAAUAGUAUAACACAUUUAUCAAACUAUUAUUAUCAUUUUUUGAAUAACUUUUUUAUUCUACGGGUUAACUUAACCACUGAAAGAAAUAGUAAUCACUAAUUUUAACCGCCAUGAACGUGCAAAUGAAUUAUCGAUAGAAAAAAAAUAUUCAAUGACUUAUGAAAGACUAAAUUGUUAUGAAAAGGUAUUCAGAUGUAUGAAAGAUUUAAUAAUUAAAGCAGACAGAUCCAGGUGUGUUCAUUUAGCAGACCAUUGUAUCUUACUUAAAAGAAAUUAAAAAGAGAAACUUCUGAAAUGUAAACAUCAAGUAUUAUAUAUUAACAAUAUGAUAAAGCUGUGUGAUUUAAGUUGUUUGUUUACAGGAACCGCAACAUAUAGCGAUAUUGCUGGCUCACAUUUCUAAGUGCAUAUCCGACUGUUUCUUAAAUAAUAUCAAAUGAAAAUAGAUAUCUUAUCUGGGCGUGACACGUGUGUCGUUGUGAUAUAUUGCAUGUUUUAUAUGAUCAUGCUAAUUUCCCAAUUUUCGUUUCGUAUGAAAACUCUUGCCCGGUAUAAAUGACUGUUAUCAUAGACUAUGUCAAAUGAUUAGGGGAAAUUGAAUACUGGCGUUUGUACUUGAAUGUAAACCGUUUAAAGCCCUGCUCCGCGGCUAUUCAAAUUCUUUUGUGUGUAUGCAACCUAUGAUUACAAUAGGUAACAGUUAACGGCCACGUGCCACACUUUAGCACGCAAAACCACAGGUAUUUCAUAUAGAAGUUUAUAUAAAACAGAUUCAAUGUUGACAGGCGACACUGUUUAUAGUCAGGAUUUUCAUGCUUUUUCAGUGCAAAUUCAAGGUUAAAAGGUAGGACGGGAGCAGGGCUUUAACUGAAAGUAGCGUAUGCAAUUUGGCUAAAGGAUUCUAUCUGCCUUAAUGUAAGAUCUGACGGCGGUCCAUUCACAUUCAUAUUUUAGUAUAAUUGGAUUUCUAUUUCCAACAAUCUGUUCUAUUUGAACUAAUCGGAAGAUUCGUUUCAACAAACAUUUGACUUACUCUUCAAAAUGGCAUUGACAAACGCGAAGAUUACCCGAAGGCUGAUCACUAACAAUUCAAAUGUAAGCAUCCGCAAGUCUAAUCACAAGUAGUAUAAAUAUAAACCUGAUAAAUAGUGCUAAUCUUUUCUCCUUACCUCGUGCCCUUUCUCAAUACACAUCAAUGCUCCGGUGGGAAGUCUAUACAAGAACCUGACAAACAGUGACAGAUUCAGAGAAGAAAAAGAACUGCAUUUCAUAAAAAUCUUGAAACCGGAACUUAAAAGCGUUUGACUGUGAUAUUAUUUGUUAAGUUCGCACAUAUGGCCGACUUAUAAAACUGAAUUGUUGAUUAUAAUACGUUAUCUGAAUUUUCAGUAUAUAUAUGCUUACUAAUAUACCUUAAAACUGAGUAUUCUAGCACGACCAGCAAAUAACCUACAUACAUGUAGAGCAAAAUCUAUCUCGGGUUAUUCUGCAAUAAACCACUCGCGUGCAAUGACGUCAUCCGAUCCAGGCGCGUAGCACGGUCGUAAAAAGUAGUUACCAUUUUUUUCUAACACUUUUGAUACUAGUUUGUCGUGUUAGAAUCGAAAUAAUAAGUUCCCAAGUGUGAUUUAUUGUAGAAUAACCAAAGUUUUUCGUUCUUAUGCGAAACAAUAUAUCACUCAGGCCUACGGCCUUCGUGAUAUAUUCUUACGCAUAAGAACUCAAAACUCGGCCCGUUAUUCUUCGAUAAACCACGUUUGGAAACUUAUUAUUUCUUAAUUAUAAUGGUCAAAAUUGUUUUGAUAAUUAUGUUAUCAACUGCGUGCACUUGAAAUGCCACCAUUGCUUUGCUCUUUAAAUUUUAUUACCUCCCUUUAAUUUUUGAUGAUAUUUUUAUAUUUGCUUAAAUAUCACGUUUGUCAUAAAGAACUAGUGGGUUAAUGUGGGUAAUUCUUUCUUUUUUGCAGUAUCCAAAAUUUAUCUUUAAAUUAUUAUUACAAAAAAAUCAAUAACCCAAAUUUUAUUCCUUAACAUAUAUAUCGAGCAUAAAAGUGUUUUAACAACACUUAUUAUCUUCCUUUUUGAAUGGUACAGUAGCUUAAAAGUUUUGUGCGUGUGCAUGGGGUAUUUUUGAGAUUCAUUAUACGUUAUUUUCUUGAAGUUUGUCGCAACGUCUUUUUACGACAUUUCCCUAUUUUUUGUUAUGACGUUACGUCUUUGUAUUAUUUCAAAAUGUAACUGCCUGAAGAUAUGUACAACUGAAAGCGCUUGCAGCGAAAAAUAAAACUUAUUGUAAAAAAAAA